CAUCAUCAUAUAUGUCGAAAGGACUGAAGCCUGCCACGCAAACAUGAAAAUUUCAGUCGGUUUUUUUAAUCCAUUCGUUACGCCUGGUCGGAGGCUGCCGUAAAUAUUUAGUUUAUAUGUAGGGUUACGUCCUACUGAAAUUUAAUGGUGCAACCCCAAUUUUGUUGUAGUGCGUGAAUUGUGACUUAUUGCCCAUUUACGCAACACAUAGGCUAAGUUGUAACGUACAUAUAGCUGGUGCAACCCUACCCUGGUGACGAUGACGAUGGGAGAAGAAACAGAGAGCUCCGUGAAUAGAAACGAUAACCAGGACAUGAGGGAUGAAAAGGAGAAUGGCGUGAGGUACUACACACGCGAAGAGGUGCAAGCCCAUAACAUCAGCAAAGACCCGUGGCUCAUUAUCCACGAUAAAGUUUACGAUGUAACAACUUUCAUGGAGGAGCAUCCAGGAGGUGAGGAAGCUCUACUGGAGCAAGCCGGAGCAGAUGCAACGGAAAGCUUUGAGGAUGUGGGCCAUUCCACUGAUGCCAGAGAGAUGCUCCAGCAGUAUUAUAUUGGGGAACUCCAUAUGGAUGAUCGAAAGAAAGAAUCAAAGGAAGUUUACAUCACAACUGCUUGGGAGUCCAGGUCAUGGACCACCUGGUUAAUUCCUGCUGUAGCUGCUGCACUUGUGGGCAUCAUGUAUCGUUACUAUAUGUUGGAGCAUAAAUCUUCCUGAACUCGUGUUAAUCUAUCACAGCUAUUUUUCUCUUGUCUGGAGGUCUUGACUUGAUUUGACAGAGUAAGCCUCUAAACUCACUCAUCUCUAAAUUCCUGCUAAUCCUCUCUUCUUUCUACCCAUCUGAAGAUUUUGGCAUGAUUAGUUGCCCGUUCUUAUUGCAAUUUAUAUACUCAUGCCAUCAGAUUCUACUGUUUUAUUAUUUAUUUGGAAAAUAUUUAAAAUCCUUUCAAUUAAUCCAGAGCAUAUUAGUUGGGAAUUUCAGGUAUAGUUCAGCUCUUGCCAAUAGAUCCUAAUUAGCUGGUAUUUUGACAAAUCACUUGUCCACAGCCUUGAUAUAGCUGCUAUUUGAUGUUUGUCAGGAUUUUGACCAAAUGAUAUCCAAGCUUCCUUAUUGGGAUGAGAUUGGAUGGGAAAGUAUGUAUACAAGAGAUGCCCUGUCCUAUAUGUUAUUAAUAUGUUAUAGGUGUUAUCUUAUAUGCUAUAGAUCUGUCAUAUGUGAUUUAAAAACGUUACUACGUUAAAUACAACAUGGUUUAAUGAAAGCUAGGAAAUAUUGUCACAUCACCUCCAUCAGGCAACAUGCAAUUGCUGAAAUGUUAGAAUUGUUGCAUAGUUAUUGUCAGAGAGUGCUUUAAAGUUUUAGACAUGUAGGCUUUUAUCUUACAUUGAAGAUUUAUAUAAUGUGGUACUUGUAUCUGCAAAAUUGAAAUUGACUCGAAUACUUAGCCUUUUUGUAAUUAUGCAUUUAUUAGGAGAUGUUUAAAUGUGUUUUGAAAGCAAUUUGUUUUAAUGUUGGUGAGAGCAUUAUUGUAAGUGUUUGAUACUUGAACUGUUGUACAGUCUAUCUAUCUAAUCUGCUCGUAUAUUCAAUACUAUUAUGCAUAGGCUUGUCUAUUAAAUCAUUUUUAGCAAUGCAGGCACUUGCAUGUACUCUCUAGCUCUGCUGGCACUUCAUGAAGAACCAUUAUAUGCAAUUGUUGCCUUUAACGUUCUCAAGUAAUCCAAAAUGAUUUCCUUCAACAUGUUCAUUUUUUCAAUACUUUUUCUUGUUAUUCUGUCUCUCAAUGUAUUUCCUUUCCAAACAAUGUUGUAUUUAAUUCAGGUAGCUCUUAAAGAAACACAUCGAGUGAAUCAUUGUUAAACAAUAUGUAUUCAAAUGCAUUUCCGAAUCAGUUUACUGUAGUUAUCUGUAUACACUUUCAAGUCAUCCUCAUGCAUCAUUAAUAUUGAAUGUUAUAACCCAUUUCUGAUUUGGUGAUAUAGUUUUUCAUUGUAUAUUCAUGCAAAAUUUAAAAAUUGUCAUGUUUGAGUGUCAUGUUUUCCUUUUAAAAUCGUUUGACAUGCCUGCAACCAUGAAAUGUGCAGAUUAAUACUUAUUCUGCCAUGCUGAGUCAAUGUGCCCAGCUUUGUUAAAACUUUUUCAAAUUUUCAUGUUUUGGUGCAUUUUAUAUGUGUAGAUUGUAUGAAAAUAUGACAGUGUUGUACAAUCACAUUUAAAGUUGUUAUAAUUUACAUAUAGUGGCGGAAAAACUUUUAUAGUAUGACUCACUUUCUGCUCUUUUAGUUCAACAGCAGGACAAAUGGCUCAAGGCCUUUAAUAUUGCUGAAAUAAAUGUGAACUAUUUCAUUAAAAAUUAUUUAUCUGUCCACUUCAGAAUAUCUGUGGUAUGUCGGAGUGUUUAAAAAAUCUAAAUUGGCUGUGUUUCAAUAAAUGUUUAAAUAUG